CAUUAUUGUGGGUGGAAAUUAAGAUAGGAAUUAAUUUGCAAUAAGUGACAAUUUGCACAUGCUGCUGUAAUUUAACCAUAUCUUUUUCUCUAGGUAUCGGAUUGAGUUGAUUCUUUAGGCGUUGGAAAGCUAAGAAGCAGAGCUACAAUUGAUGUUUUAUGAGCUCAACCCAGUUCCUUCUGUAUCAAUAUAGAAUUUAAGUUGAAGUUGACGGAUAUUAGUGCAUGGCCCGUAGUAGUAGUGGUGAUCUUGUUCAAUUUGAUCCAGAAAUUGAGAGAACUUUUAGAGAGUUCUUAAGAGAGCAAAAGCAGAACAUCAUGGCAGAAGAAGGUGAAGGACAAAAUAAUGCACGCACUCUUGGUUCAUAUGCUACCCCAUCCCUUGAAGGAAUAGCAUCCAGCAUUAGGAGGCUAGCAAUUCAAGCCAAUAACUUUGAAAUCAAACCAGCUAUCAUUCAAAUGAUCCAACAAAUUGUCCAAUUCAGUGGUUUGCCUAAUGAAAAUCCUUAUUUGCAUAUUGCUAGUUUUCUUGAAAUUUACGAUACUUUUAAGGCUAAUGGUGUUAGUAAUGAGUCUGUUAGGCUUACAUUAUUUCCAUUUUCUUUGCGUGAUAAAGCCAAGAGUUGGCUUCAAUCUUUUCCUGCAGCUGCAGGGGGUAAUCUUAUGAAUAAGACAGAGGAGGAUGGCUAUAAGCUGUUAGAUGAAAUGGCCUCUAAUAGCUAUCAAUGGACUAAUGAUAAAGCUACCAAAAAGGGAGUUGGUUUACCUAAUGUUGAUGCUUUUACUUCUUUAUCUACUCAAAUUUCUGUUUUGAAUAAAAAGAAACUUGGAUUAGGAGAACCUUCAUCUACCAUAGUCUCUCUUCAAUUGGUGGAUAGAAGCAUAAAAUAUCCAAGAGGAGUGGUAGAGGAUUUUUUGGUAAAAGUUGACAAAUUUAUUUUUCUUGUUGAUUUUAUUGUUCUUGACAUGGAAGAGGAUUUUGAAAUGCCUUUAAUUCUUGGGAGACCAUUCCUUGCUACUGGUAGAGCUCUUAUUGAUGUUCAACAAGGGAAACUUAACCUUAGAAUACAUGAUGAGGAGAUUAUUUUUAAUGUGUUUGAUGCUAUGAAAAAUUGUGAUCAUGAUGGCAGUGCUGUUUUAAGGAUUGAUGUGGUAGACAAUGUAGUGACUGAAAAUUUUGAUGCUUCUAGAUUAGAUGAUCCUAUUGAUAAUUGCAUUGUUAAUGCUUUGGAUGUGAAAGCUGAUAGUGCAGACAAUAACAUUUUGGAGGUAGCAGCUAUUUUUGGGGAAAAAUGCUAUAGGCAGCCACAAAAAGGAGGAAAUUUUCUGCCCUUGGAUGCACCGUCCAUUGUGACAGUCAAGCCAUCCAAAAAGGAGCCCCCUACUCUUGAAUUAAAACCUCUUCCUUCUCAAUUAAAGGAAGGUAUAGUGCUAGGUCAUAAAGUAUUCUCUAAAGGUAUUGAAGUUGAUAGAGCUAAAGUUGAGAUAAUUGAAAAGCUUGCUCCUCUUAAAUCAAUUAAAGAAAUUAGAGGUUUUCUUGGACAUGCUAGUUUUUAUAGGAGAUUUAUUAAGGACUUCUCAAAAAUUGCUAAGCCUCUUACUAAUCUCUUGGUUAAGGAAACACCAUUUUUCUUUGAUGAUGAUUGUAUGAAUGCUUUUCAAUUGUUGAAAGAGAAAUUGGUUAAUGCUCCUAUUGUUGUUGCACCUUGUUGGGAUUUGCCUUUUGAGAUAGGUGCAAUUUUGGGACAAAGAAAAGAUAGGAAAUUUCACACCAUUUAUUAUGCAAGUAGAACAAUGAAUGAUGCUCAAAAGAAUUACACUACUACUGAAAAAGUGUUGCUUGCUGUGGUGUUUGCUUUUGAAAAGUUUAGGUCUUAUUUAAUUUUGUCCAAGGUGAUUGUUCAUACUGAUCAUUCUGCACUUAAAUAUCUGCUUGCUAAAAAAGAGGCCAAACCUAGGUUAGAUGAGGUGCAUGUAGAAUGUGGGGAUGAUCAACUUUUGCUUGAUGAGUUUCCAGAUGAGCAAUUGUGUUUAGUUUCUUUGUGUGCUUUGUCUUCUUUACCUUGGUACGCAUAUUUUGUUAAUUAUCUUGUGAGUAAUGUCUUACCUCCUGACUUAUCUUUUCAACAGAAAAAGAAGUUCUUUUCUGAUAUUAAACAUUAUUUGUGGGAGGAACCAUUUCUUUGCAAGAUAUGUGGCGAUGGAAUGAUUCGGAGAUGUGUACCACAAGAAGAGGUAGAUGCAAUUUUGAGUUUUUGUCAUGACAAAGAAGUUGGUGGUCAUUUUGGUGCCUCCAAAACAGCAUCUAAGGUUUUGCAAUGUGGAUUUUGUUGGCCUUCUUUAUUUAAAGAUGCUUAUGCUUAUGUGAGUGCAUGUGACCAAUGCCAAAGAACUGGUAAUAUUUCUAGGAGACAUGAAAUGCCUUUGACUAAUAUUUUGGUGUGUGACAUAUUUGAUGUUUGGGGCAUAGAUUUCAUUGGUCCUUUUCCUUCAUCUUUUGGCAAAGCAUAUAUUCUUGUUGCGGUAGAUUAUGUGAGUAAAUGGGUAGAAGCUGUUGCAUGUCCUACUAAUGAUGCUAGGGUGGUGGUUAAAUUUUUGAAAAGUAAUAUUUUCACUAGAUUUGGCACACCUAGGGCUGUUAUUAGUGAUGGAGGUAAACACUUCUGUAAUAGGCAAUUUGAAAAUUUAUUGGCUAAAUAUGGUGUUACCCAUAAAAUUGCUACUCCAUAUCACCCUCAAACAAAUGGACAAGUUGAGGUGUCUAAUAGGAAAUUGAAAAGAAUUUUGGAAAUGACAGUUAACUUGUCUAGAAAAGAUUGGUCACUCAAAUUAGAUGAUGCACUUUGGGCUUAUAGGACAGCUUACACAACCCCGAUAGGUAUGUCUCUUUAUAGGUUAGUUUUUGGUAACGCUUGUCACCUUCUUGUGGAACUUGAGCAUAAGGCAUAUUGGGCUAUUAAAUACUUAAAUUUUGAUUUGAAAGAUGUAGGUGAACAUAGAAAAUUGCAGUUAAAUGAAUUGGAAGAACUACGACUUGCUGCCUAUGAAAAUGCCAAGAUCUACAAGGAACGAACCAAGGCAUGGCAUGAUCUACAUGUGCAAAAGAAAGAGUUUCACGUGGGUGACAAGGUUCUUCUUUUCAAUUCUCGAUUAUGAAUUUUUUCAGAUGAGCAUGAAUAUGAAAGUGAUAGUCAUUGACUCCCUUGCUUGGUAUUACUGAAAUUUGAACUAAAAAUUGAGUUGAAUGUUGAUGCUCCUUGUGUUAUCUGUGUGGGGAAGAAUGUACAUGAGCUCUGUUUUUUUCUUUAGCUUUCUUUUGCUUGAGGACAAGCAAGAAUUUAAGUUUGGGGGUAUUUGAUGAGUUUAAUUUUUAUAUGCAUUUAUCUACCCUUUUUAAGCCUAGAAUUAAAUUUUAUGGGUCUUU